AAUACUUCCUCUGUCGUGGGGUUUUCAACUUUCAACUCUCGCGCUAAUUUCUUCCUCUUCCGUUUGCGGCGAUUGCAGACACAAACAUGGUGCAGCGCCUGACUUACCGUCGUAGGUUGUCCUACAACACCGCCUCAAACAAGACUCGGCUGUCCCGGACACCAGGCAACCGCAUUGUUUAUCUGUACACCAAGAAAACAGGCAAGGCCCCCAAGUCAGCAUGUGGCAUCUGCCCAGGAAGACUGCGUGGUGUCCGGGCUGUUAGGCCGCAGGUUCUGAUGAGGCUCUCCAAGACCAAGAAGCACGUCAACAGAGCUUAUGGUGGUUCCAUGUGCGCAAAGUGUGUGCGUGACAGGAUCAAGCGUGCCUUCCUCAUUGAGGAGCAGAAGAUCGUCGUCAAAGUGCUCAAGGCACAGGCACAGAGCCAGAAGUCAAAGUAAAUGUCUAUUUGUACUGCUGCAAUAAAAUGUGGGAACCAUA